AUGGAGCAGGAUGAGGAACAAGUUGCAAUGCAACGAGACGAGGAAGAAGAAGAUGAAGAACAAGAAGGAGAGAGUGACAGAAGUAGCAAUGGAAGUCCGGAACCAGCAUCCGUCACUUUACAUGAACAUCAGAUGAUUUUGGAGUCACUAAAGUCUCGAAAAAGACGACGAAGUCCUUCCCCUGAAAAUUUGGAACAUGUGAAACGUGCGGCUCAAGCUCAUCUAAAUGGCACAAUGGCUGACAUGGCGACAUUGCAAAAUUUCCAAAAUUUGGUUAAUUUACAAAAUUUACCUCAAGUCGCAUCAUUGGCGGCUGGUCUUCAAGGAAUGGCAAGAUUAACAAAUAAUCAAUUAAUUAAUACUCCAUUGAAUCUCACUGUCAGUUCGUCGGCUGGAACAUUACCAACUCCGUCAAGUACAACGGUGGCGUCUCACCUUUUGCCACCCCCAAGUUCGGCCCCCUUGGCGACACUUCCUCAACUUCUCUCUCAACCUCAACCGGUUACAGUGCCGACGUUAAUUUUAUUGUCUGGCCAAUUCAUUCAGAACGUUCAGCAUGCCCAACUUCUUAUACAAACUUCUCAAGGCAUUUCCACACAGACAAUAAUUGCAGCGCCCGUUAAUCAUGUGAAUAAUCAAAUGGUUGACUUUCCCCUCAGUAAUGGACAAGUUGUCUCCACGACAUUGGCGAAUUUACAAUCAAUUGCGCAACCUCAAAAUUUGAUGAAUACACCGACUAGUAAUGUACCAAGUCCAAGUUUGGCGACGAGUUUGGCAUUGAAUCCGGCAGCGCUGCCGCAUCUUCUCGGCAAUAGUACAGCGAGUCAGCAAUUGUUGAUGCCGCAACAAUUGUUGCAAGCUGCUCAGGCCGUUCAAGCCCAAGCUCAGGCUCAAGUUAAGGCACAAGCCGUUCAAGCUCAAGCUCAGGCUGCUCAAGCCGCUCAAGCUGCUCAAGCUGCGUCGCAACCACUCCUCACAACUUCACCUCAACAUGCGCAUCGGCACUCUACUCAUUUGAACCACUACGGGUCGACGGAAAAACACCACAGAGAUAGACAGGAGCAAUCGUCGCCUCUUAACGGUGCCGUGGUAUCCGCUGCUUCCGCCCUCAAUAGACUGGCCAACAACAAUGGCGAAAUAACGAUGACUGUUGUUAAAGCAUCACCAAGCAGUUUGCAUAGUUCCAAGGACGAGGAUGAUGAUCUUCUUAAUGACUCGCCUAAUCAACCAACAAUUAAUGAAGCGACCAGUAACAUUAUUGAUGGUGUUGAUUUGGACGAUAUGAGAGAUUUCGCCAAAAGAUUUAAACAAGAAAGACUCACUUUAGGAUUAACGCAAACACAAGUAGGUCAGGCUCUCAGCGCCACAGAGGGUCCAGCCUACAGUCAGAGUGCAAUAUGCAGCAAUGACAUGACUAAGCCUCCCAGUGCCCUGGUUAAACUUCCCAGUGCCCUGGCUUCUUUUACUCCCGGUGCCCUGGUUACCCUGGCUGCUGAAUUCGAGAAAUGUCGGCAGCAAGCUAUGAGCAAAAGCGGUACCAAUCACCUCAUGGAUUUCAUUGGAGUUGAGCCGAGCAAAAAAAGAAAACGACGCACUUCCUUUACACCCCAAGCUCUAGAAUUGUUAAACGCUCAUUUUGGCAGAAAUACUCAUCCAAAUGGAAACGAGAUCACGACGCUCGCGCAUCAGCUGGGCUACGAAAGGGAAGUAAUAAGGAUUUGGUUCUGCAAUAAGAGGCAAGCUCUAAAGAAUACUGUACGAAUGAUGUCAAAGGGCGUUGUAUAAAUGUAAAUCGAUUUAUAUCUUCCAUAAUAUUACAAAAAUAUAGCGCCAAUAAGCUCCAUUUUUUUUAUUUUGGUGACGACGACUUAUCGACUUUCGUCUCAGCGACAGUGUCGAGGGGUAAGUUCCAUUUUAUUCGAAACUUUUUUUUUAACCCCUUAACAGUCCAUGGCCCAUAUAUGGCCACGAAAAGUCGUGCCACCUUUGCGUCUGUGGCCAUAUAUGGCCAUCUCAAAAAAAAAAUACUAAACAUGAUUUGA